AUGCUGCACGUCCUUCUGGGGGUCAGGGAGGGGUACAUCUCGUCCCCCGCUGCUGGAUUUGCGUCAGCUCCUCUGUUUCUGCCUGGUGGCCGAGUAUGUUUUGGCCAAGAGCUGAUAUUACCUGAGAGAAUAAAUGGAACAGUUGGAGGAGAUGUGCUGUUUACGCCACUCAAAAUUCCAGAUCCCCGACCUACUUCCUGCAGUUGGAGGUUUAAUGGGGCCCUGAUUAUUUCUGCACAGCCUAGUGGAACUUCAAUAACAGAUUCAUACCAAGGCAGGGCCUUUUUCAGCACCGUCACUUUAGCUCUAGAGCUCAGAAUCCUGACUGAGAGAGAUACUGGACAAUACACUCUGACUGUACAGACUGAUAAAGGGAAUUUCACUGCUCAAACAUCACUGCAGGUGUUGCUGCCAGUAUCCAACGUUGCCAUAAUACCAAGUAAGACAGAGCUGGUUGAGUUCAACAGCACUGUAAGUCUCGUCUGCUCUGCGUCUGGCUCGUUUCCUUCGUUUAUUUGGCUGAAUGGCAGCUCUGAGGUAACAGCAGGGGAGCGAGUUCAGCUAACAAACAGCAACAGCAAUCUGACCAUUACCAGUGUGAUGAGAGGUGAUACAGGUCCAUACCGAUGUGAAGCAUCUAACAGUUUCAGCAAUGCAAAGAGUCCUCCAUUGAGCCUCACCAUUUACUAUGGUCCAGAGAAUGUCAGAGUUACAGCAGCUCCAGCGGAACCUUCCUACAGCUCUGGGUCAAACCUCAUAUUGACCUGUUCAGCUGAUUCCAGUCCUGCUGCUGAGUUUCAGUGGGCUGUGAAUGGAGCAGAGCUUGGUGAAAUGGGCCAAGAGCUCAAACUGAGCAAUAUUCAGAGCAGUCAUAGCGGCAAUUACACCUGCAUGGCCCAUAACAAACAGAGCCUUAGAUACGCCACAUCUGAACCCAUCAGCAUCACUGUAGGGAGGGAUACUGGUGGAGGUGGCGGUUCACUUUCUGCAGGAGCUAUAGCUGGAAUUGUUAUUGGAGUUUUAUUAGGUGUUGCUGGUAUUGCUGGUUUGAUUUUCUACUUUGUGACAGCCAAAAUAAUGUAA